UUAAGCAAGUCCAAAUAUGUUUGUAGGAUUGCUCCAAAUCCAUGAAACUUUAAUGGGAGUAUGGGAUUGAGCACUGCAUGUCUUUUUGAGAGAUUUCACAUGAGUGAUUGAUCAUUUUCUCCCCUUCUAUUUUUGAAAUUCAAUAUAUUUUUUUUAGCUAGCUAACCUAUUGCAAAAAAGUUGAGCAAGAUAAAGAAUAAGGAGCACCAGUAAGAAAAUGGAGAAUAGUUUUAAGUAGGUAAGAGACGGGCUGGCCAAAACUAAUAUGAAAUGAAUUAAAAAAAAAUAAAAAGCAGAAAUGGCUUGUAAAAGAAAAGAAUGGAAAAAGAGAACUCAUGUGGUCAACCCUAUUCAUAUGGCGUAAGGCAACGAUAAUGACUGAUGAUGACAAUUAUGAUUUUAUGAUGAUAGUGGUGCAAGAAUUAGGAGCAGCAAUUAAAUCCCAUUUUAAUACUUACUUUACAACUUUGUAUCUUUUGGAACGUACUUUGUCCUUACAUAUGCUCUUGUCGGCCAACUUAUUCUUUACAAGGGAUGAAUUUCCCCUCAAUUCUCUUAGUCCUUUUACAGCUUGAUAGUCCAAAUACUGUGAAUUUCCUGGGCAGUACUUAUAUUGGCAUCAUUCAAGGAUGGAUGCAUUGAAGAAACCAAAUAUUGGGGCUCCUCUGCUUGUGGCACAACUAAGAUUACAUAACAUUUGUCAAAUGCUACAUUUCAAAGAUGGAAAGGGUGUGAAAACCCGAAAAGAGGCGAAGCGGAUGGCCACAAUGGACUCAACAUCUGUUAUAAGAGCUAGAGUGGAAGAACUUAAAAGAAUCGUGGAAGAUCAAAGGGCUAGGAAGGAUGAGUAUGCAGCUAUAUUAUCUCAACAGUCGGAAGCUCUAGCGGCAUCUGAAGAAAAGUGUAGUGAGGUCAGUGAACAUUCAGGAGCAAUAGAAGAGGCUUUCUCAUGGUACAAUAGGGUCCUUGGUUUUCGAAUUGAAUGUGGACAUGGGGUAAAAUUUAUAUUCACUGACAUUAAUUUGAAGAAUCCAAACGAGGAGUACUCCUUUACCAUUCGCCAUGAAAAAGAUAUAUACACUUUGCUCGAUUGUGAUCCACAUUUGAGUGACAUCAAAGAGUUGGUCCAUGAGUUGAAUAAAAGCAAUGGUUUGUUUGAAUUUGUCAGAACUAUGAGAGAGAAGUUUCAAGAAGCAGCAGCACGUGGAAUGUUUCCUCUAGUCGAAUCUCUUGAUCAAGAUUCUUCCAUAAUCUCUGUGUCUGCCCCAGUUUCUUCAGUUUCAACUGACAGUAGAUGUGAAUCUCCAUCCAAGCAUAAAGAGCUUCAACCUGGAGAGACCAAUAGAUAUUCCAAGAAAGUUAACCAUGGCAGAGUGGGUAGAAAAUCAAUUCUAUCUCCUGUUUCUGCUUCAUCUCUUCGUCGAUCCCCCCGUUUCAAGUUUUUGAAGGAAGACAUUGGAUUUAUGGCAGGUUAGGAAAUGAAGGUGGAGUGAAGGCUAUUAUGUGAUAUGUUGGAUCUGAUUAACCGCUCGUGACAUAAAUUAACCUGUCAAUAGACUCAAUACCCAUGACUCAAAAAAAGUGAUGAUUGAGAUGAAAGGCGAAAGAACCUCAUUCGCUUAUGGUUACAAAAGUUCUUUCAAGAAGAUUGAGAGAGCUCCACGAGAAAUGCAAUUCAUUGAGCGCAAUGACCUGAACUUGUACUUCUCACAUUCAAACUGAGAACCUUUUGAUGAACUGUAAGGGUGAUACUCUGUUGUUUUAAAUUAUUUAAUGCUAGUUUUAUCUCGUAUUAGUCGUAUCAUUUGAUUUGAUUUUGUGCUGUACGGUUCCCCUUAAGUAUAUGAUCGUUUGUUGUAAUAUGCAACUGAUGCCUGUCAACAAAUUUAUUUCAUUUAGGCUGCUAUUUAGAUAAGAUUAGUUCUCAUAUGCAAUGUCUAUGUUAUCACAAUUUUUUUAGUUUAUGGAAUUCAAAUCCUGUAAUGUGGUCUUGUAUUCCAAUUCUGGAUUAUUUAAUGCGAUGAUGGCUGUCAA